UGCGCAGAGCGCUGCCUUGUGUUGCUGGGGGUAACGGGACGCCUGAGAGUCAGCUAAAGAGGCUUUAGCUAACUCAGCUAAGCUAAACUAGCGAUAGAACGAAACGCAAUUCGCUUUAGAAUAAAAUGGAAGUGACGUUAUCUAUGGAUCCUCUAUUUCUUGCAUGGAGUUAUUUCAGGAGAAGGAAGUACCAGAAAUGUUCAGAUCUUUGCACGAAGGUGUUGGAGGAAAAUCCGUACGACCAGGCAGCUUGGAGCCUGAAGACAAGGGCCCUGACUGAGAUGGUGUAUAUUGAUGAAGUGGAUGUUGACCAGGAGGGCAUUGCAGAAAUAAUGUUGGAUGAAAGUGCCAUUGCACAAGUAGCACGACCUGGAACAUCACUGAGGCUGCCUGGAACAAGCCAGGGUGGAGGAGGACCUACUCCAGCUGUCAGACCCAUGACCCAGUCAGGACGUCCCAUUACAGGAUUUGUAAGGCCCAGCACUCAGUCUGGUAGACCAGGGACAAUGGAGCAAGCCAUCAGAACACCUCGAACUGCAAACACUGCUCGUCCAGUCACUAGUGCUUCUGGGAGAUUUGUCCGAUUGGGCACGGCUUCUAUGUUAACACAUCCGGAUGGACCAUUUAUAAACUUGUCCAGGUUAAAUCUUGCAAAGUAUGCACAGAAACCAAAUUUAUCCAAGACCUUAUUUGAAUACAUUUUUCACCACGAGAAUGAUGUCAAAAACGCUUUGGACCUAGCUGCACUCGCUACGGAGCAUGCACAGUUCAAGGAUUGGUGGUGGAAAGUCCAACUUGGGAAGUGUUAUUAUAGGCUUGGUUUGUAUCGUGAAGCUGAGAAACAAUUCAGAUCAGCCCUCAAUCAUCAAGAGUUUGUAGACACUUACCUCUACCUUGCAAAAGUAUAUCAGCGAAUGGAUCAACCCAUAACUGCCUUGAGCCUUUUUAAACAAGGCCUGGACCAUUUCCCAGGAGAAGUGACUUUGUUGACUGGGAUUGCUCGCAUUCAUGAGGAGAUGAACAACAUCACUUCGGCUACAGAGUAUUACAAAGAUGUCUUAAAGCAGGACAACACACAUGUGGAGGCCAUUGCCUGCAUAGGAAGCAACCAUUUCUAUACAGAUCAGCCAGAGAUCGCCUUGCGUUUCUACAGACGGUUGCUGCAGAUGGGUGUAUAUAACUGCCAACUCUACAAUAAUCUGGGACUGUGCUGCUUUUAUGCUCAGCAGUAUGACAUGACUCUGUCUUCAUUUGAGAGGGCAUUAGCCCUGGUUUCCAGUGAUGAGGAGCAGGCUGAUAUCUGGUAUAAUAUUGGACAUGUUGCAGUGGGUAUUGGUGACUUGACGCUAGCUUAUCAGUGUUUUAAACUAGCUUUGGCAUUUAACAAUGAUCAUGCAGAAGCUUACAACAACUUAGCAGUGCUGGAGCUACGCAAAGGCCACAUUGAGCAGGCAAAAGCCUUUUUGCAAACAGCUGCUUCUCUCGCUCCCCAUAUGUAUGAACCACAUUUCAACUUCGCUGUACUGUCAGAUAAGGUGGGUGAUCUUCAGAGUAGUUACAUGGCUGCCCAGAAGUCAGAAGAUGCUUUUCCUGAACAUGUGGACUCACAACAGCUCCUGAAGACUCUCAGACAGCACUUUGCUGUGCUCUGAAUCUUUCCUUGCGAUAUUUACACAUUAUGUGAAAGGCACAGUAAAGCAGGCUUUAAAACAUUUUAAAACAUCUAGAGAAAUUAAAAUGUCUAGGCACUUUUCAUGCUAUUUUUUAGACCGAACAGAGAUUUAAAUGAAUUCAGUAAAUAUUUAAAUAUCUAUGAUAAAUCUCAGCAAAUAAUUGCAAUUUUAAAAAGAUUUCUUUUGAAAAUAUUAUGUGAGAUGUAAACUUGUCUACAUGUUUAGGAUUAAAAAUGCAUACAUGCAAAUAGUUAUUUUACUCAUUUCAGUGUCAAGUUUUUGAAUAUGAAAAUAAUGAGCGAUGGUUCUGUUUUAUUCAUAUUAUUCAUAUUAUUAUUAUUAUUAUUAUUAUUUAUUACAAAACCUUUCCCAUGCCUAUAAAUACAUGCUACCAUAUUCUACCACAUUCCUACAGCAGAUCCUAAAUGAAAUAUGCACAUGGACAAUGGCAACAUGAUUUCAAAGUGUAAUAAUUUGGAACAUAAGGAGAGAAGUGGGUAGAAGAGAGCAGAUUUUUUAAAAUAAUAACAUUUAUUGUCAACAAUCUGGUUAGUCAAAGAUAAUUUUUUAGGAAAUUUAUAUUCUUAAAUUUGUUUCAAAGUUUGUAACUACUCAAAAGCAUUUAUUUUUCUGUUUAAGAGAAAAUAACAUCAGAUCUCAGACCUUCUGUCAGGCAUUUUAUUUCCUUAAUUCAUUUCUUCUAUUACAUCAAUUAUUAAUUACUAUUAUUAAUAUUAUUAUUAAACUAUUAUUAAAUUACUUUUACUCCGUGAAUUUUGCCCUUAUUUUUGUCAAGUAGAGUGUAAAAGUAGCAGUGUACCAUCUAUUUCCCAGAAGCACAAAGUCCUAGUUUAUUUAAGUGUAACAGAGUUCAGUUUGUGUGUGUGUGUGUGUGUGUGUGUGUGAGAGAGAGAGAGAGAGAGAGAGAGUGAUUAAGGUAAU